UGUGGGCAGGGCGAGGAGCCGCGCCGCCAUUUUGUCUCUGUCACUCCGGCGGCGGCGCGGGCGCUCGGGGAGGAGAAGGCGGCGCGGAGCCGGCGUUUGGCGGCGAGGAUUCGGCCCGGAGGACGCGAUGAUAUCGGCCGCCCAGCUCCUCGAUGAGCUUAUGGGCCGGGAUAGGAACCUGGCCCCGGAUGAGAAGCGCAGCAACGUGCGGUGGGACCACGAGAGCGUUUGUAAAUACUACCUUUGCGGCUUUUGCCCAGCUGAAUUAUUCACGAAUACCCGUUCUGAUUUAGGUCCUUGUGAAAAAAUUCAUGAUGAAAAUCUACGUAAACAGUAUGAGAAGAGCUCUCGUUUUAUGAAAGUGGGCUAUGAAAGAGACUUUUUGCGCUAUUUACAAAGCUUACUUGCAGAAGUAGAACGCAGGAUUAGAAGAGGUCAUGCUCGUUUGGCGCUGUCACAGAAUCAGCAGUCUUCUGGGGCAGCGGGACCUACUGGUAAAAAUGAAGAGAAGAUUCAGGUGUUAACUGACAAAAUUGAUGUACUACUACAACAGAUUGAAGAACUAGGUUCAGAAGGGAAAGUGGAAGAGGCACAAGGAAUGAUGAAACUUGUUGAACAGCUAAAAGAAGAGAGAGAAUUGCUGAGGUCUACAACUUCAGUUCUUUUGCAGACAAUUGAGAGCUUUGCCGCCCAAGAGAAGCAAAUGGAAGUUUGUGAAGUUUGUGGAGCCUUCUUAAUUGUAGGAGAUGCACAGUCCAGGGUAGAUGACCACUUGAUGGGAAAGCAGCACAUGGGUUAUGCCAAAAUAAAAGCUACUGUUGAAGACUUAAAAGAAAAGUUACGAAAAAGAACAGAAGAACCUGACCGUGAUGACAGGUUAAAGAAAGAGAAACAAGAAAGAGAAGAGAGAGAGAAAGAGAGGGAACGGGAAAGAGAAGAGCGGGAACGGAAGAGGCGGCGUGAAGAGGAAGAAAAAGAAAAAGAGAGGGCCCGUGAUAGAGAGAGACGUAAAAGGAGUCGUUCCCGGAGUAGACAUUCAAGCAGAACAUCUGACAGAAGAUGCAGCCGUUCACGAGACCACAAAAGAUCAAGGAGCAGAGAAAGAAGGCGGAGCAGGAGUCGUGACCGAAGAAGAAGCAGAAGCCAUGAUAGAUCAGAAAGGAAACAUAGGUCUCGCAGUAGGGACAGGAGACGAUCGAAAAGCCGUGAUCGGAAAUCUUACAAGCACAGAAGCAAAAGCAGAGAGAGAGAACAAGACAGGAAGUCAAAAGAAAAAGAAAAGAGGGGAUCUGAUGAUAAAAAAAGUAGUGUGAAGUCCAGUAGUCGAGAAAAACAGAGUGAAGACACAAAUACAGACUCGAAGGAGAGUGAUACUAAGAAUGAGGUCAAUGGGACCAGUGAAGACAUUAAAUCUGAAGUGCAGCGUAAGUAUGCACAGAUGAAGAUGGAACUAAGCCAAGUAAGAAGACAUACUAAAGCACCUUCUGAAGGAAAAGACAGUGUAGUCCUGCAAAACAUUUUGAGGUACAUUGUUUUGUCUCAGCUAUUUUGUAGCAGACUCGUGCCCCCAUUAGUGUGCCUCUUUGAGACAUAUUUGUAAUAUAGUCACCAUAGAAAAAAAAUUAAUUAUCCUUUUUUAUUUUUAGGGAUUUUGUUAUCGUUUUUUAAAAAAAAAGUUGAACUGUUUUUGUAUUUAAGUCCAUAUUGUGUUGGUACAUCAGCAGAAACUUUUGCUUUAAUACUUAAUAUUUGAGGCACAUGUUGGACUACUUUGUUUUUAUAUAAACUGCUAGUAUUUCUUUGUCAAGGAUGUUUCUAGUUUUUUUUUGCUUUAUUGCCUUGCAUUCUAAUGCAGUUUGUUCUGUAACUCGAGAGCCAGUAGCAUUGGAUUGAUGGAAGUGUAGGGUUUAUGAAUUAUUGCAGCUGACUACCAUACCUCACACAGCGUUGGUGUUGUGAGCGGCCCAUGAAAAGCCAAAUUAAAAAUCAAGGAUUCAGUCAAACUAAGCAGGUACUCAUGCCAGGUACUCCUUUCUCUACCCACAUCCAUGUUUGAAUGCUGUUGCCUGUAAUCUUUAAGCUUACUGUUGUGUUUUUGAUUUUCAAGAUAGUGAAAAGGACUUUUUGUGUAUUGUGUGAAUACUGUAAAUCUGAUGUUAACAGAAUGGAAUUUUCUUUCAACUGUGUGUAGGGAUGCAGUGGUGCCCAGAAUUAGAUAUCUUUAAAGAGUUUAAAAUGCAAUAAACACUACAUAAUAAUCGCCUUGUUACUUUCAAUGCAAUUCAAGUCUUUAAGAGGUAUGUGUUUAAUAUUUCCUACUGCGUAGGAGAAUUUGCAGUCAGCCAUAGUAGAGAGAAGUGGAAUGGCUGAUAAGAGACUUCUAAGGCAAAUGUAAAUAAAAGGCAGAUGUCACAAGAUGAUUACAAUGUUCAUGGCAAGAACGUAUGCUGAAAAACUAUUUGUUGGAAAUAAAACUGUUAACAUUAGGAGAUGCAAAUACUGUGUUAAAAAGAAAAGUUGGAAGUGUUUUCCCCACUCUUGAUGUAGCUUUCUUACUUUUGCACAAGGUUGUUUUAGUUCUGUUCCUGAAAUAAGGAACUAACGAUGCAGAUGCAGCUGAUAAAUGAGGUUCUUGCAACAUAAGCUAUUAGUAGAGCUUCAUUGUUAAUGCUAGGAACCCUUAAACGUGUAAUGUUGGUCAUUAAACUAUUAAUGCUACAUUAUUGCUUCUAAAGCUGUUACUGUUCAAUGUUGACAUUUUUGUAGAGUUAAGAUGACAGCUAACAACUGGGCCAGUGUAUAGGACUUGGUAAACUAAAUGCUCUUUACGUUGUCUAAUUGUCUGUUUUCCCAAAAUUUUGCAUUAUAGGACUACUACGUGAAGAGUCUGCGAAGACGGCGGAAGACAGCUUAAAAUGAAGAUCUGCUUUAAAAUGAGGUGAAAGAAAGCUGUAGUGGCAUAGAAAAAUAUAAGUUGAGUUAGAAUUUUUUUUUUAUAAAAUUUAAUUCAGGACUGGUGUUUCCUGCCAGAGUUCAGAAAGAUGUGUUGAUAGCACAUAUGCUACUGAGAAUAUAAGUCCUGUAUCCUUUUUUUCUUUAAGACUUUUUAAGAUAAGAAACCAACAUAACCUGAACACAUGGCUUGCUCAGUGUUUAAUUGCAAGUUUUCAUUCUUGGACUUUAAAACACAAGAAUAAAUGUUUAGUAUUUGUGUGAAUCGAACUAAAAUGAAUCCCAUUUUUACAACUAAGGUAUUCCUAGCUUCUUGAUAUACGAGAAAUGGAAAUAAAGUAUCUUUGAAUUUCUGUUACAAAUUUGAUUGUCUCUGUCAUUGAACAUUUAAUAUUAAAUAAGUUUCUUUCCUAAUAAAUUUACUCAUGUCUUCAA